AUGGCUAAUUCAAAAUACGAAUAUGUGCGCUCCUUUGAGCAGCCGGAUAGUCUACUGGCCAAUACUUGGAUCGUAAUCCGCAUCGAUGGGAGAGGCUUCACCAAGUUUACCGCUAGAUACAAUUUCACGAAACCGAAUGACCGGCGAGCUCUGGAUCUCAUGAAUGCAGCGGCUGAGGCCGUCAUGAAAGAGCUGCCUGACCUGUGUCUCGCCUACGGGAACAGCGAUGAAUACAGUUUCGUCUUUCAUAAGGACUGCGUCCUUUUCGAGCGCAGAGCGAGCAAGUUGACGACAACGAUUGUGUCUACCUUUUCGGCUUAUUAUAUCUAUCUCUGGCCCAACUACUUCGAGGAACCGUUGACGCCUCCUUUGCCUUCGUUUGAUGGGCGCGCGGUCUGCUACCCCAGCGAUCGGAACUUAAGAGACUAUAUGAGUUGGCGACAGGUUGACUGCCAUAUCAACAACCUCUACAAUACCACCUUCUGGGCUCUAGUGAAGAGGGGUGGAUUGGACCCUCGUGCAGCUGAGCAAGAGCUAUCUGGCACAGUCUCGUCCGACAAAAACGAGAUUCUCUUCUCUCGGUUCGGCAUCAAUUACAACAAUGAGCCUGAGAUCUUCAAGAAAGGAAGUGUGAUGUACCGAGAUUUCUUCCCUCCUUCGGCAGAGCCAUCACCACUCCCUCAGACCGUAGCGCAGUCCACACCUCCGCUCUCCCAUCCUCGACCACAAAGAGCCAUCGUUCGCCCACUAUCCCAACCCGCCGCACCCUCCUAUAUGGAUCCGGCUAGAAUAUCUCGCUCGUCCUCGGAUGGUAACCCCCGAGGCCCAACCUUCCUAUCUUCCACACCAUCUCCACCUCCGUCACCCCCAUUGAUGUCAACAGCGAGGCCUCAAUAUCCACAGACCUUUAUCCCCGUUUCUCCACCACCCAACGGGACAUCGACGAUGAGCCAUAACCACAAACUACCGAUCCUAACACCAAUCCCUCUCCCUCCACCCACCCUCAAACCUAGCACGAAACCACCACCAUCACUUACGCCUCCGGACCCUACAGCGCAUAUAAACACGAGCCCACAACCCUCCCCCAUCCCCUCAGGCACCUUUCCAUCACGCACAAAAUCCAAUCCCGCCCAACCUCAAUCCCACUCCGCAUCCACCUCCCUCCCCACAACAGCGCAACCCCCACCACCACCAACCACAGCACCAGGCCCCUCAUCAUCGCGACCAAAACUCAAGCACCGAAGCCCCAGCCUCAGCAUCCUGGAAUCCCAACCCCCCAUCAUCCCCCUCCGUAUGUCCUCGAUCCCAGCAAACAACAAACCGCGGAAACUCUCGAUCCAAAGCCAGAGAUCUCUCGGCAUGCUCAACAAGGAAGACAGCUAUAACGAGGGUCCGCCGAUGCCGUCGAAGGGAAGUAGACACAGUCCGCCCCUCACGACGAUGAAGGAGCUGCCGAGUCCGCCUCCCCGCGAGCGCCGCGAGCGUGAAGACCAGGCCCCCGUUCGUACCGAGCCGGACGUAUCGCCCUCGCUGGCAAGGUUUGAGGGAAAGGGAGAAGGUACGCGUCCACGGACGCCGCCACGACAUCCCUCGCGUGGCGUGUCCUCCGCAGCCGCAACAGCCUCGCUAGACACAACGCCCAGCACCGCGAGCAGCACAUUCAUCCUCCCUAAAGGAAAACAAGCCAAAUCCAAACCUGCCAAAGGCCCCAAACGAAAUCUUAACAGCGAAUCCGGUGGCUGGGCGGCUGGGACCCAGUCCCAAGAGGAAGACACGGGGCGACCCAAGGAAUGGAGUCGUACGCAGAGGGAGAAAGAUCGGAAGAAGAGGACGAAAGCGAGGAUCGUGAUUGAGCAUGUUGAUAUCAUCAGAGAUGAGUUUUGGGAGAGGAGGCCUUGGAUUUUGAGCGGCAGGGCGGGGAUGUGAAGGAGUGAGCGAUGGAAAGGGGGAAAGAGAGGUGGUGGGUGUGUGUAAUGGGAGUUAGUCGAUUUUGGUUGGGGUGUUUGCGUGAGGUCGGUCACGGAGGCGUUGAAAGAGGGUGCUUCCAAGGUUACGGGUGAAGAUGUGUUUUGAUAGAGUAGUCCUGC